AUGUCUCCAAAUAUGGAGCCAAAAUGCGACCACUGUGCAACCGCACAAGCAGUGAUUUACUGCAAAUCCGAUUUGGCUAAACUUUGCCUAAACUGCGACGUCCAUGUACACUCUGCGAAUCCUCUGUCUCGCAGGCACACACGCUCUUUGAUCUGCGAGAAAUGCUUCUCACAGCCAGGCGUAAUCCGCUGUCUCGACGAGAAGGUUUCAUAUUGUCAAGGGUGUCAUUGGCAUGCAAGCGACUGCUCUGUUUUAGGACACAGACUUAUAACCCUCAAUCCUUUCUCUGGCUGUCCUUCUCCAUCAGAAUUUUUCAGAAUGUGGUCGUCGAUUCUUGAACCUUCGGUCUCUUGUUUGGUUAAUCCGUUCGUUGGUUCUUUGCCCUUGGAUGAUGCUAACAAUACUUUAUUCGGGAUGGAGAAGAUCAACGAGUUAGAAGGGUUGAUCGGUUCCUCUUAUUCCAUGGCAGCACACAACAUCAGUUGCACUCAGAAUCUUAGUGAUCAAUCAUCUUUCUUUUCCGUGGAAUCAAAGGGAUGUCCUGAUUUGGUUUUGAAACUUGAAGAAGGCGAAGAAGAUCUAUGCGAUGGGCUUAACUUGGACAAUGCACCGUUAAACUUUGACGUUGGAGAUGAUAUAAUCGGAUUCUCGUCACAAGAACACAUAGAAUCAGACCAUACGGCACCACAUUGUCUCUUGAUCGACAAGAACAACACAUCUAUUACCGCCUCAAAUUUUACUAUAGACAACGCUUUAGAGGAAUCGCCACCACGACAACAAGAUUGCACGAGCUAUCUUCAGCCAGGUCCGUUGCAAAUGAACAUCAACAAUGGACUUGCUCUUCCUCUUCCUACAUCACCUGUCUUGUUCGGACAAAUCCAUCCGCCCAUGUCGCUUACCAUCUCCAACAUCACAGGUGAAAACAAUGCAGCGGAUUAUCAGGAUUGUGGGAUUUCUCCAGGGUUUAUAAUGAGCGAUUCACCAUGGGAAUCGAAUCUUGAAGUUAGUCCACAAGCAAGGAAUCAAGCUAAGUUGAGAUACAAAGAGAAGAAACUAAAGCGGUCUUUUGGGAAACAGAUUCGAUAUGCAUCUCGCAAAGCGAGAGCUGACACGAGAAAGAGGGUGAAAGGAAGAUUUGUGAAAGCUGGCGAUAAUUAUGACUACGACCCAUCAUCACCACCGACGAACCAGUGA